AUGUCAGUACUCAAGGAAUUUGGGGCUGCCUUCCGUCUGGAAAAGAAGACGGCGCUGGUGACAGGGGGAUCUCGGGGACUUGGUCUCCACAUGGCCACAGCUUUUCUUCUCUCCGGCUGCUCGCAAGUUAUCAUUACGGCGCGAAAAGCCGAUGGUGGACAGGGUAUAAACCAAGCGGUUGAAAAGCUGAACAAUCUCCCAGGAAUACAAGGAAAGGCGAUCGGGAUAGCAGCGAAUGUUGCAGAUUCGAAUGACAUCGUCCGGCUUAUUAGUGAGGUCAAUGAAUUGGUGGGUAAGCAGGGUUUAAACAUUCUGGUAUGCAACGCUGGGACAGCCUGGGGGUCCAGGUUCGAGGACGCCCCACCAAGCAGCUCGAUCAAUGUCCUGGAUCUCAAUGUGCGAGGCGUGUUCGAGCUGGUGCAAAAUUCGCUUCCAUUACUGGAAAGAGCCGCAUCGAAAGAGGAUCCUGCUCGGUUGCUCAUUGUCAGUUCAAUCGCAGGCGACAUUGUGCCUCACGUAGGUGAGAAUGGUACCAUCAUGUACUCAGCAUCCAAAGCAGCUGCAAACCACUUGGGGCGCAAUCUCGCCCUGGAACUCGGCCCUCGAAAUAUCACGUCGAACGUUAUUGCACCCGGGUUUUUCCCGUCAAAGUUGGCGCAGGGCCUCAUUGAAAGCUUAGGCGGGGCUGAGGACUUGAGCAAAGACAAUCCCUUGGGCAGACUGGGUCAUCCUGAGGACAUUGCUGGCGUUGCAGUUUUCCUAUGCGCGCCGGCAGGGAAAUACGUAAAUGGCGUAAACAUUGCAGUCGAUGGAGGAGCGCGAUUAUCCCCUGGUAGGAUGACCAAGAUUUGA